AAUUUAUAAACCUCCAAAAGAAUUGGAAUUCAUUCCAACUGUUUCAUUCUUUAAACUCUCGUUAAUUUUGUUGCGUAAUCAAGGACAACAUGAAAUUCAAAAACUUAUUAGCGAAUCUGAUCCUGAUAGGAUUGGUUUAGUAAAAAUUUUUUUCGGUAAUUGGUUGAUUAUAAUAACUGACAUCGAACAUGCUAAACCAUUUCUCUCUGAAAGUGGUGAAUUACCCGAAAAACAUUUAACAAAAAUUUUCUUUGGAAAAGGGGUGUCAUUCUCGAAUGGAGACCGUUGGGUACGACAACGAAAAAUUGCGACACCGGCAUUUAAUCGAGCGCUUCGUUCCGAAAUGGUUGGAGAAUGCACCAAUGAAUUUAUAAAUUUGUUAAAUAAAUGGACGGAUACACCGAUAGAUGUGUUUUCAUUGAUGCAACGUAUUACUGUUCAAAUAUUAGGAAAAUUGGCCUUCGCAUAUGAUAUGAAAGCAUUGGAUAACUUGGAAGAACAACCGCGCUUUUUAAAAAUAUAUACCAAAAUUAUUCGACAUGUUACAAAUACGCUCCUUGUGGCAUUUCCUUUUUUGAAUUCAUUACCUCUUAAAAGAAAUGCUGAAAUCAUUUCAUUAAUUAGAGAAUUUGAUGAUUUUAUAUUUGAAAUGAUUGAACAACGAAGACUUCAAAUGUCUAGAUCAAAAAAUAAUGAUGAAAAUACUGAUUUAUUGGCUGGAAUUUUAGAAGCUGCUAAUCAAGAAGAAUAUAAUUAUACGGCUAAAGAACUUAGAGAUGAUAUAGUUGUUUAUUUUGUUGCUGGACAUGACACUUCUUCAGUUUCAUUAAGCGAUGUUCAAAAAAAAGCCAGAGAAGAAGCAAUUAAUGUUUUAGGAAAUACUUCAGAAUUACCAACUUCUGAAAAUCUUAAGGAACUAAAAUACAUAACAGCCAUAAUUAUGGAAUCACUUCGUCUCUAUCCACCAGCAUUACAGAUAUUAUUUCGUUCUCCUACUAAGCCAUUGAAUUUAUCAAGGAAUAUUACAUUACCGAAAGGAGUAAGAAUUACAGUGAGUCUAUGGCAAGUUCAUAGAAAUCCCGCUAUUUGGAAUAAUGUUGAUGAGUUCAUUCCUGAAAGAUUUAUAAAUCCCGAAAAGGAGAUAAAAAGUAAUUGGGUUCCAUUUUCGAGUGGGCCUAGAAGUUGCAUUGGACAAAAUUUUUCAAUGAUGGAACAAAAAGUUAUUAUUGCAAUGACACUACUUAAUUUUGAGGUUUCACUUCCUCCAGAUGCCCGGCACUUGGAUAGAGUACCAUUAACAUCAUCUUUCAUGUUACAUCCAAAGAAAUUAGAUCUUGUAUUUUCAAAGUUAAAGUAG